AUGUCAUCCGGAGUGAUCGACUUGGGCGUACGACAGCCAAACAAUACCGAUAGCAACCACAAAAAUACCACUUCCAGCACGACCCCUACCACUUCUUCCACGACCGUCGUCCACAACAAUAAACGAAUUUAUAGUAAAGGUGGUUGUCGAGAGUGUAAGAGACGUAAAAUUAAAUGUGAUGAAGGAAAACCCGCAUGCUGGCAAUGUCUUCGAUUGAAAAAAGACUGCUCAUACCCGGCACUAGGAGAAAAGGUACUAAGAGUUCUGAAGAGACAACAAAAGUUACAAGCUGGUGAGUCCUUGUUGCCUGACAAAGAGCGUAGGGUGUAUGAGAUACUGAAAGUGCCAUAUAUUGCCACCAACCCGUUGUCGGUAAUGUCGAAUCAAGAUCCAACGGCGGGAAGAAAGCUUUUGUAUAAUAUGGAUGCGUCGAGGCCAACACCCAGCACUCACGAAUCUGCCCAUCAAGGAUUUAAUGAGGUUCAAGGCAACUCACAUCUUACGCCUUCAUUUCAACAGCAAGCGCAGUUUAGGCCACUAGAAGGAUAUUCUCAUGAGCAACUAUCGACAAAUGUUGGAAAUACACAGCCGCAAUCACAGCUUCCACCUAUACAGAGAUUAAAUCAGCCAAAUUUGCCAAGAUUGUACCAAAGUCGCAUCUUGCCGAUUCAACAAAAUGGGUCCGAUUCAACUCCGUUCAAAUACUAUUUUCGACAGGAUCCUCUUGGAGUUGUACUACCACCACCACAAACGUCAAGUCAUACAAGCUCUACGAUGAACGGUCCAAUGUUUCCUAAUCAGAUUAGGUACGAUUUACCACCACGGCCCGUUGAAAGGCCAUCAAGCAGUGCUGGUGUUGCCAAUUUGUUGAACAAACCGGAGGAUGCUGAAGUUGCGACUCUGAACAUGCAAGCGUUACUGUCACAAGAACCAACCAAUACUGAUCAGAGAGAAGAAACACCAGUUGUGCCUCCAACAACAAAUGAUUCACAAGCUGCCAUACCGACUCCUUCAUCAAAUGAGAGAGCGCCUUUUCCUGAAUCUCCUGCUGUUCUUGGUGAUGAUGUAAUGUUUGAAGUAAGUGAUUUGAACUUGUUAGCUACAGAUCUUCAGAAUAUGGUCAAUGGAAUUCUCUACAACAUCACCCCUGAAUUCAAGGAAAAAGCCAAAGAUAUGGAAACCACUGAGGUCAAGAAAACCAUGCCCUUUGUUGACAAGUUGAAAAAACAUGUUCCUGUAGAUUUUAUCAAGUUAGAGAAUGCUCAAAACCAAAGUUAUUUGCAAGAAUUUUAUUACAAUACAUCAAGCAUUGUGUUGCCAUUUGCAUCAUAUGACAAGGAAAAACAGGUAUACUUUAAUCCUGCUAGAGAUUUGUUAUUGACCACUGCGGCAAAUACUGACUACGUAUUAGCUGCGGUAUUGGCAAACGGAGCCCAUUCAAGAUUCAUGAAAACGAGAAACAUUGAGGAUGAGGAGUUUUACUAUUUGUAUUUGAACGAUUGUCUCAAGUUGUUACAUCCAGCAAUUGCCGACAAUACGAAAUUGUCGGCAAAGAUUGAAAGCGUGUUGUUGACCGUGCUUUUGCUAACCGCUACUAAUGCAGCUGACCCAAAGCAGGAUUGGCGUCCUCAUUUACGCGGUGCGAAAGAUUUGCUUAUGAAGAGCUUUAGCAAAAAUGCAAAACCAUCCAAAGUAUUUGUGUUUUGUAAGGCAUGGUUUGUUACAUUGGAAGUGUUGGCGGGAAUCAGUUCAAGAAAAGGUGGUACAUUGCAAACGGAGGAGGAAAUGGAUGAAUUGUUCAACUUGAAUACUGAAUAUGAUGUCAAAGUGUUGAAGGAUCUUGGUGUUAUAUUGGACAAUGGGUUCAAUAUCAUGGGUGGGUAUCAUCACGACAGUUAUGCUGCAUUCCGUGAGUUGAUCAAAAUUUUGAAUAGAAAGAGAAAUGGCACAUUAGAUGUGAAGGAUUCUAUUCAGUAUGUGGAAUUAUUUGCCAAAUUUGAAACUUUGCGAGAGAUUGAUUUUGUCAAAGAUCCAACGGCUGCAGGUGGUAUCCUAGUUGAAGAUGUUGGGAAUAGUGUCAUUUCAUGGGCGGAUGCAAGCCAUAAGCUGUACAUGGCAGCUUCAAUGAUUACUCUUCUUCAGACUUGUUUUGAUGAAUCGUAUACCUCGCCUCAAAUUCAAGUGUUGACAAACCAUAUUAUUGAUUUAAUUUCCUUUGUUAUGAACUAUGUCCCAUUUGCUCCAUCAUCGAAAUAUAAAGCUGAUAAUGGACUCAUGAUGCUCCAAUGGCCUGUAUUAAUUGCGGGUCAAAACUUGGAAACAAGCGAUGACAAGGAGAAGGAAAUUGUUCGUGUGUUUUUUGAGCAUCUGUCGAGGGUCGGAUCAGGAGGUGCGUUAAUUGCUUUGAAUCGCAUCAAGAGAGUAUGGAAGAAAAGAUCAGACCCGACUUUUGUCGAUGAUGGUUAUGAAUCAGAGGAUCUACUUUCAUAUUAG